AGUACAUGCUUUGGUAACGAAGAUGGGUUCUGACCAGAACGUGUUUGUGGUUGGGGCUUUGAUCGAUAUGUACUCAAAAUGUGGAGACGUUGAUGAAGCUUAUCGUGUUUUUGAUCGUGCACCAUGCAAAAACAACAUAUUAUGGACUUCAAUGAUUACAGCGUUUGCACAGAGUGGUAGAGGCUUGGAUGCUUUAGAACUCUUUGAUCAUUUGGUGAUGGAAAGAAGAUUUAUCCCGGAUCAUGUUUGUUUUACUGUAGUGUUGACUGCUUGCAACCAUGCUGGACUUCUUGACAAGGGUAUUGACUAUUUCGAUAGGAUGAGAUCAGAAUAUAAUUUGGCUCCUGAAGUGGAUCAAUAUGCUUGCUUGAUUGAUCUAUAUGCAAGGAAAGGCGAGCUUAAAAGGGCAAAACAGGUAAUGGAGGAUAUGCCAUUUGAUGCAAAUGCAGUGAUAUGGAGUUCUUUCUUGAGUUCUUGUAAAAAGUAUGGAAAUGUAGAGCUUGGGAGAGAGGCAGCUUAUAAGCUAUUUAAACUGGAACCAAAUAGUUCCGUGCCUUAUCGGGUUUUAGCUGAUAUAUAUGCCGGGGCUGGUUUAUGGAAUGACGUGCAAAACAUAACGAAACUGAUGAAUGACAACGGAGUAAGAAAAACAGUACCAGGGUGGAGUUGGGUUGAAGUAGAUAAUCAAGUCCUUGGAUUCUCUGUGGGUGAUGCUUCUCACCCUCGGUCAGAAGAAAUUCAUUUAGAAUUGAGAAAGCUUAGUUUGGAGAUGCUGAAUAAACGUACUCUAGAGUAUAUCACUUAGAACUUCAUUUUCUCUAAUUUGAAAAAUUAUAGGUAAGGUAUGUUUCUCUCUUCUUUUUUUAGAUAUCUAUUUUUUUUACUGGUAGACACAAAUAGAUCAAUGUAUAUGUAGGUAUAUAUGCAUAUCAC